UGGCAGAUGAAGGAAAAACAAUAAGCCCGGCGAAAUCGCGGGGAAUGUGGUUUACGCUUUAACGCAUCAGAUCUCAAUCGUGCGUGAACGGCACCCCAAUGAAAUGCCCCGCGCGUGCAAACCAUCCACCUAUCAAGAAUUUUGCCCAAGAACUAUUGUGUUUGGGGCUCCCUCGAAUUGCUUUGUUCUUUUUUUAGUUGUUCUUUUUUUAGUAGGAUCGCGUGAGGAAUCAGUGGUUAUCUGCAUAACUGCGCCGUUGGGGAUAACCGCAGUGCCACCGGCGCGCGCGUCCUCACUUGUUGGGACACGUCUGGGCGCUUGUUUUCGUAUAGCCUGUAUCCCAGCAUUCAUUUCCUGGGCCAAGCUCUGUUUUGCGUGAAUCGCGCAAACACCGCCUUCAAUUCAGCUCCGGUCAUCGGAGUUUG